GCUGCCUCGCGCGCGCCCGCGGGUGCCCGUGGCCUCCCGAGGGGAAGGUGCAUGUUUAGCAUGUUAACAUGAGCUGGAGAGGAUUGAAUGAAUCAUCACUUCCAUGGAAUAAAAGCUAGUGAAUCAUCAUCACACAUGCACAUGACGAGGAACUGAUCAAAGCUCCAAACAGAAGAUAAACUUAAAAUCAGAAGAAAGUCACAUACACUACAAAGAAAUUGGGAAACGAUUGUGGAAUAGAAGCUAGAGUACAAGGUAUGAAAAUGGCUCACCUGACGCUGGCGCGGGAGUUAGGAGCCCUGUCCCUGUGAGACCGCCAGAAUUUCGAUCCAAUGCUUGGGGAAGUCCGGUCGCACGCAGCAGCAGAGCAGCUCUUGUGAACUGCAGGCGUCUGCACCUCUCGGAUUUGCUACUCGGGCCCGGAGCACUCUGUCAGCAUUCCCUACCCCACGAAUGGCUACUCAGAGGAAGCACUUGGUGAAAGAUUUCAAUCCUCAUAUCACCUGCUAUAUCUGUAAAGGUUAUCUUAUCAAGCCAACUACAGUAACUGAGUGCCUCCAUACAUUUUGUAAGACUUGUAUUGUUCAGCACUUCGAAGACAGCAAUGACUGUCCCAGGUGUGGCAACCAAGUUCAUGAGACCAAUCCGCUAGAAAUGUUACGGCUGGAUAACACCUUAGAGGAAAUCAUAUUUAAGCUGGUGCCUGGACUGCGAGAACAGGAACUGCAGCGAGAGAUCGAAUUUUGGAAAAAAAACAAACCUCAAGAAAAUGGACAAGAUGAAAGUCCAAAAGCUGAUAAGCCCAAAGUCGAUGAGGAAGGUGAUGAAAAUGAAGAAGAUAAAGACUAUCACCGGAGUGACCCACAGAUUGCUAUCUGCCUUGACUGUUUACGCAACAAUGGGCAGUCAGGGGAUAAUGUAGUAAAAGGUUUAAUGAAGAAAUUUAUCCGCUGUUCCACUCGAGUGACCGUGGGAACUAUCAAAAAGUUUCUCAGCUUAAAAUUAAAACUUCCAAGUUCUUACGAGCUGGAUGUACUAUGCAAUGGAGAAAUCAUGGGGAAGGAUCAUACAAUGGAAUUCAUCUAUAUGACAAGAUGGAGACUAAGAGGCGAAAAUUUUCGGUGUCAGAACUGCUCAUCUUCGCAAGUCUGCUCGCAGGAUGGCACUUUUUAUCAGUCUUACCCUAUGGUUCUUCAGUAUCGACCUAGAAUUGACUUCGGUUAGACCAAAGGGCCAGAUCCCACUGAGAUGAAUCCUGCACUAUUUGUUUACCCAUCGACAGAUUGCACAAUGAAUGGAUGUGCCUGGAUUAGGGGGACACAACCAGAUUUUCAGCAUGCAAAUAAGGACAUUGUCUUUCUUAAAAUUGUCGCUUGCAUCUUUGUUGUUUCUAUUAGAGCAAGCCAAGUGCCAUUCUGCUACUGAAACGUGCAUAAGCUAUCUGUGUAUCUUAAAAGUGUGCUGCAAGUCAUAGCCAAAAUCAUGAAGUGUACAGUCAAGAUUCAGAACCUAUGAAAUAUUUUCGCCUGUGUAUUAGAAAAAUUUUCUGGUCCUAAUAUUAAUUACACUAGCAAAAUGGCAGAGUGCUCAUUCCAUGUGGUGUUGCGAUUUUCACAUACUUACUAUUUUACUGAAUAUUGUUGUUUAUAUCACAGAGUACUGUACAAAUAGCUAAGGAUUAUACCUUGAAAAUAUUUUGUAUAGAAAAUAUAUUUAGAAAAGUGAUUGGUGACCACAUCCAUGUGGUGAUUGGGCCACUAUCUUUUUCUUGAUAAAAUUCUCAUGGGUCCAGGUAUAGCUCACUCAUGAGUGUGCAAAAGUCCUUUUGCAGUGAAUAAAGAUCACCCUUAACAAGAGAUGUAUAAUAUGGUAAUUCCAAAAAGUAAUUUAAAAUUCUUUAAAUAGAUUCUGCCAAUAUCACGUAAAAGCAUCACAGCCUUUGUGAUUGCAUUUUUCUAUGAUUUCCAUAAAGACUAGAAUUUGAGAUGCAGCUAAAUGUGGAAUAUGGCUUCUGGUCAGAUUAUCCUUCUUCCAACAAAGCCUUUGUAAAAAUGAAUUUGAAAAUUAUUUAAAUGGCUCUAAGACAAAUUUCACUAUAAAAUCACAGCCAGGACAGAAUUUAUAUGUAAUUACUGCUUUUCAUAGUAAGCAUUUCCCUUUAAGACUGCAUGGAGGUAAACAAUAUGUUAAGAAAAAACUAACGUAUUCCAAAACCUAUAGCUUUAAUUACGUUAUAGAUCUCUUGUGACUAUCUGGAGUUUGGAAUUAAUUGUAGAGUUUUUCAUUAGUUAAAGUCAUAUCAUAAAGCCAGUACCAUAAAAUUAGAGGUAAUGCAAUACUGAAGAUAAGCAGUUUGACCAAAAUAGUUGUUCAGGUCAUUUUUUUUUUUUUCCGAAGACCUGGUAGUGCUGGAUAAACAGGUGAUUGUUGCCUUAGGUAUUGCAAAUAUAAUGGUUCUAGCAUAAAGUGUUUAUUGAGGUUUCUGGUAAUGUUGCAGGGAGCAUAAUAAUGCGUAUGUUUUCUGUAGUCUUCCAUUGUCUCUGCUCUGUUUAAAAGUCAAAUGAUUUUUUUUUUUUUUUUACUUUAAAUUCUGUGGAGAUAAUUAUAGUUCAGUACUUUUAUGUAUUUUCUACUUAAUACACACCUACUGAUAUUGUAGAUAACUAUUUACUUUCUUAUGCCUUUUGCAUACAACAAAAAGGAACCAAAUCAGCUUUUCAAAAGCUACUCUACAGAGAACUAAUCAUAUUUAGGUAAGACAAAGUGAAAAUUCUAAGUUGAAAACCUGGGAUCAAAGUAUAAAAGAUAAAAUGCAAGGCUGUACUCCUUUGUAAGUUUAUGUUCAUGUACAUGAGUAUGUUUCAGUAGGAGAAACAAGCAUGUUGUGGAUAAAAUCUGGCCCCUUUAAUGUUAGUGAGAGUUCUAACAUUGACUUUAGGAAUCCAUGUGUAGUUGGGUUAAAUCCUACCAUUGCACUCCAAAGCCCACAUGACAUGCAGAAGUAAAGAUGCUGUCAGUAGCAGCCUGUUUAGGAAACCUGCCAUUGCAGGUCAAAGUUGCACAUAUUGUGCACACACCAGUGAACCUGGGGAAACAAAAUGUGUAGGAAGCUGCUGUUUCUGCCUUUCUGCAGGCAUAAGGUGCUGGCUGGUAUAGGCACUUAAUUGCCCACGCUGUUGAUGGGAAUGGGUGCGCAUGCUGGCUACAGGAAGUGGUCACCUUUACGCCCACCUAUUCUGUGAUGUGCUACUGGACAGAAACAACAAGAUACUUCAUGAAGGGAGGGCCAGUCUCUGCAUAGUUUCUGGAGAGCAGAUCCUUUACAAGCAAGGAGGUCAUCCCCAUGGAGCAGCUUGUGAGAUCUAAUACGUUCUAAUACGUUCUAAUUGUGAAUCAUUGUUGUCUUUAUUAUACACAAGUGUUUUAUACAGUAGAAAUAGAAUAUUAUUUGUAAAUAUUUACAUGCACAUGCAAAUGACACCUUACAAUUUUUAUAUUUCGCAUGUUUUUAUACCAGAAUUUUCACUGUAGCGCCACUUAACAUAAAAGGCCUGUUUCAGUUUAUCACAAAACCAGUGAUAGUACUCUUUAGCAUAAUUUCUGCUUGGUUCAGGGGACAAUUUUUUUUUUUCUCGACAAUUGCAUUUGCUAUUUCAACAAAUUUGAACAGACUUGUUUUAAGAAAGGAAGAACAACAUGUAUUAUUUUUAAUCUAUUUUCACUUAUCUUACAUAAAAGUUUGCACCCACUUAACAAGACAACUGAAAUUUGACUAUUUUCUAUUGGUUUCUGAAUGACAACCAAUAGAAGGUUUGCAUGGUUAAUGACUUUCUGCAUUCCCAGUUCAGAGAGACAUUAAUUUGGGUUGAUCAGAAUUGGUAACUGUUUUAACUCAUGGUGUCUUCUUGAUCCAACUUAAAGCUAGAUUUCAGAAGGCAGAUCUUCAUUUUAAGCACAGAAAAUACCGACAGAUAUAGUUGCAUGUUUCCAGCUGAGAAUCAUGGCCUUAAAUGCUUUUAAAUGCGUAUGAUCUAGCCACCUACACCUUUUAUCUUUCUGGUUUGAUGGCACAGUGCUUAAGUGCUGUUCUAGUUUAAUGGUUUUCAUAGCAGUGAAGUGCCAGUGAUACACGUAUCUUAACUAGGCAGCUUGUAUAACACAGGCAUUGCUUCUUUUACAGUAAAUUUCUCUUCCAUGUAGUAUAUAUGUGCCAUAUGUCUAUAGAUAUGCAUAUUUGAUUGUCCCUGUUGAUUCAUUUGUGCCAAUUAAAAAUAACUGAACUGCAUAGGAAUAUAAGAAUGCAAGUACAGAUUCCAGUUUGCCAAAGAUGAGAUAAAGUGAAGUGAGUACCUAAGCAUUCCAUUAAAACUGCACUGUAUGUCCUCAUAGAGCAGGAGGUUACUCUCUGCAGUCACACUUUCUCAAUAUUUCCGUGACAAAGUGUCACCGCUACAUAGUAAGUAAAGAAUUGGAACGUAAAAUAAGUAUUGCUACAGCUGUUUUUCUGUAGCUUUCCCAUUUGGCAGUACCUAGCUGCAGAGGUAUUAGACCAAAAAGUUCUACACUGCUACUUAAGCAUGCAGUCUCUUAUUCAGCAGAUUUAGUGCUUUAAAAAAAAAAAAAAAAAAAAAAAAACCUAUAAGCCAAUAAUUUGUAUCUAAUUUUAACUCUGGGGUAACCCAUUAGUGAAAGUUGUAUGCAACCUUUUGUUGAGCAUAGCUAUAUGUUGCAUUUCUGUAGUAACAAACUGUAAGCUAGAAUUUACAAGUGAGAUCUUUUAAAAGCUGAAAUGAAUUAUGUAAUCAAGAAAUGUAUCUCCCAUCAUGUAUUAUUACAUUGCUACUAGCUAAGGGCUUAGUCCUAUAAAAAUACGUGUAUUUGAGUGAAAUACCAACUAAGAUUACCAUAAUAAUCUAAAGGACUCAGCAUCACAGUAGGGAUUGUUCACAAGAAUGCUUCUGGGAUUUGGGCCCUAGCAGUAUGCAACACUAUUACUAUAAUGUGCAUAGUAAGCUAGCUUGCAGUUCAUAUGCCAAAAAAAAAAAAAAAAAAAAUCCUUUUCUGAAGAAUACUAUUUUGGCUUUACUGAAAACAUUAUAUAAAGCAAAGUGCCUGAUUGUUAAUACAGAAUACCUUUUAAACCCGUUAUUUGCAUCUAGUAGGUAAUAUUUCCUUCUGUUUUUUAUCAAUGGUCUUAAUAUUUUCAGCAAGAAUAUUUGAAAACCAUUCUGUAUUGAGAAGCAAUCUUUCAUAUGAAACAAACAGAAAAAGAAAUGUGGUUAGAUUACAUAAAACUGAAGAAACAUAUCUCAGUGCAAACUAUAUGAUGAUAAUGAAUUUUAUAUUGAGAUGAUGUCUUUUUUUUUUUCUUCAUGAGGUAACCAUGAAUUCUGAAUCUUUUCUUUCUGGGCUCUAAAAAUUUGGCUCUACUUUCCUCUGCAGUUAAUAGAAGUAGUUCCAGUGAUCUCAUUCCUUAUAGACAUAGGCUAGGCUCUCAUUCUCCAGCACUGAGUGAUGGUCCAGAGUACCCUUCUCAUCUCACCUCAUCUCCUCUCUUUCACAUGUAAUUGUUAGACCUGACUUUGGAGAAGGAAAAACUGUUUACUUCUCUCACAUAUUGUAUAUUUCUAAAUAUUUCUAAAAUACUUCUAUUCAUAUUUUAAAAUAUCAAGAUAGGCCAGUGUUUAGUUGUUUAAUUCACUGAAUUGUGUUGUUAAAUUUGUUUUUCAUUCCCAUAUCACUGAAGAUACCAAGAAGCAUUCAUGAGGGGCAGGGAGACAUUUGCAACAAUAGCAUCUAGCUCAGCCAGGUGCCAAGUCUGGUAGAAAUUCUAGAAAACACAUGAUUGUUCAAAGCCAGUCUUCAGUCUCAAAAUGUUUGAGCCUUGUGUACAAAAGGGCUAGAUAAAAUCCUGGUCAGUUGUGUGAACUAAUCAAACUCGUUUUUAACAUGGAAAAGACCAAAGGCAGUUAAGACUCUCAUUCCUACUCACAGCAAAUAUAUUAACUUCAUAGAGGUGCUUAAAUCAAGAACUUGGUCCAACUUCUUCACAUCACUUAGGUUGAAGGCAUCAGUUCAGUUCCAUCAAAUAAUGAGGCAUCAGUUCAAUUCCAUCAAAUAAUGUAUUUAGCAGGCAGGGUAUUCCCUCUCUAAUUUUACCUUAUUCUACCUUAUUUUAUUAUUUACAUCAGUUCAAAGAUUUAUUCAGGCUCCCUGUGCCCUGUAAUUGUAGGCUCUUAUAAAGCCUUUGUGCCCUUCUACCACCCUCUUUUCAUGCCCAGCAUAUAGAAACAUCACAUAGUUGUAAAGGGGAAAUUGUACAUGAGGUAGCAGAUCAUAGGUUGGAUAGCUGGGCAAUCCAGAAAAGGGACAGCUGAACUUGUCUCCCAUAAUAAUGGUUUUCAGAUCUAAUUUUAUAUUUGCUUUUUAAAAGAAGAUUAGAAUUAAGCAUUUUCAAGAAAAUGGAGAGUUAGAAAAGAUUCACGUGAUCAUUUACCUACCCUUUCAAAGGGUUGUUCACUUAGGUAGAGCCUUAACAACAUUAGAAAAGAUCAGGUCACAUGUGUCCCGUAAGUCUUGAGCAACCCAGAAGUCUUGUAAUAUAGGAAUAGUUUCACAGGCAAGACUGAACACAGUGGAGAUUCUGCAGGCUGUUAACAAUGUGUAUAGAAGAAAGAAAGAAAAAGAUCCCAAAAUGCUGACUUUUAGGACAGGACCUUUUAGAACAGGAAGCACACUUCAACCAAUUCCAAGGAAAGUACCAGAGCAUCAGUUUCCUAGACAUGAGAACAAGGAGGUGACACUCUGGAACAGUGGUGCUUGUCUUAGAACACCACAGAUGGCAUCAUGACCAUGACAUCUAUAAAUAGACAUUAGAAAGUUAACGCUUAACACGCAAGUAAUUUGUAUUUUCUUUUGGGAUUAAGCUAAUCUGUCCUGGAUUUCAGCAAAAUUUUCAUGGUUCUGCGUGUUGAAUCCUUUAUGGCCAAUUUGAACAAAGUAAUGCUUCCACAAGGUGUUCAGCUCAAGAUACUUGUUUAAGGCGGGAUUGCAAUCUACUGGAGCGUCUUCCAGGAUGGACACGAGAGGACUGAUUCACCCUAAAGGAAGUGUGAAAAGCUUCCAUCUGCUAGACUCAUCUACCGCUAGUCUUACGAAGUUCUGAAAGUUUGGCCAUCAGACCUCAGCUUUUGUAGGAACGUCCUCUAAAAGAUGAUCUUAUAAUAAUUCUUUAUAAAUAGUUUUGUUUUUUUUUUCUUGUUUUAAAAUGACUACACUGCCUACGUUAUAGAUCAGGAGAAAACCUUCAUAUUCUAGAACAGGAAAUAGAUUAUCUAAUUAAUGAAUUCCUAACUGAGAGAUGCUUUCUCCCAAGGUAUGCACCAGAAAUCCUAUAGUGACUUCUUCUGAAUUCAAGUAGCUUGCUAAUACAGUUGAUAUGGACAUUAUUUCCUUCUUUAGUAAGCAGUUUAAUAUAUCCAUGCAGUUCUGGAGUGUGAAGUGGAAGAACUGUAUAGAGUAAUAGAAGAGUCCAGGCUACUACUUGUACUUGCAGAGAAAGACCCAGUUCUGUAGACUUGGGAUGGAGGAGACGUUCUGGAAUGAGAGAUGUCUAGAGGUGGAAGUUCUUGUAAUUUUAACCAAAGAGAGGCAUUAGUUUGAAUUUGCAUGUUGAUCUGAACCAUUAAACAUUCUUUUCUUUGAAGUAACUUUUAUGCGUGUUUUUUUAGCAAAUGUUUCUAACAAGGUUUAACAGUAUGUGACGGAUAACAGGAUGAGGUGGACAUACGUAGCUGUUGUGUAUUUUCCUUUUUCUUCACAAAGAUGAGUGGAAGGCAAAGUAAGAGUUAAGAGUUUGGUUGCUAUGUAAUAUAUAAAAUUGCUGCAACAGUAAAACAUUUGUGCUGCUAGAUAACAUACUGAGGUUUGUAUUACAAAUGAAGUUGUAAUAAAGAUGUUUAUUAUCAAAGUGCGAGGCACAUAUUUUAUGAUGGUAUUCUAUUCCUAAAAUAGUGUUUUGUAUUAUAGCGUAUUGAGUAAAGUAGAUGUUGUUGUCUGAUGAAUUUUGAUGUGGUAAAAUGAAACAUGCUCCCUUUUUACUGAAAAAUAUAACAUACUAACUGACUUAAAAUUACUAUUUCUUUGUUGUCAGAUAUUUAGUUUGUUCAUAAAAAAAACAAUUUUUUUUUCUAAAAAUAAACUAUUUUUGUGGAUAAUUUGAUUGCCUAAUAGUUUUAAGGGACUUCUUUAAUACCAAAGGUAAGCCACCCAGAAACUGACUUGGAAUAAGGCAUUGACACUCUCCUGGAGUGCAGUGGCCCAGAGUUACACCUGGAAUCGGUCAAGCAGAAGUUCCUGGUAGUAGCUGUAUAUGUCACCGAACUAAAGGGUUAGGCACACCUAGCAGUUUCCAAACCAAACUAGAUUAAAAAGAAAAGAAACAAGACUAGCGUAAGGGUUGAGCUAACAGGUACAGAGUAGGUCUUUGAAUCACAGCUGAUGUCCUUAAAAAGGAAAAGCACAAAGGCUUGCAUUACUGAUGUGUCUGCUAUACCUGGCCUGUGAUGUAAUACUUCAGUGUGCUGUCAAUCCUGUAGACCUUCAAAGCACAAAAUAUUCACCAAGCUACUUUUGGAUUUUCUAGUUGUAGUUCAGUGAUAUUUUGGGGGUGGAAAGGACAGACUUGGAGGAUUAUGAGAAGAUAUUAAGUAUGUUUUACAGAUUUUUAUAGUUAUUUUUUUAGCAAAUGGUGUUGCUGUCCAAGGUGUCAGACAGAUUAGCAAAAAGUCAAUUAUUUUACUUGUUGUGCAGUAUAAAAUAGAAAGUAUAAUGAAAUCUGGUAAAUAUCUUGAUUUCUAUUUCCAGUAUGGUGAUUAAACUGGAAAGUAGUAGGACAAUUUAAUCAUUUAGCUGGCUCUGAAAUACUUUAUUCUAAAAAAUUACUGAUCUUAAUUUUUUUUCUCAAAUAUGAGCUUCUUAGAAUAAACAUUAAGCAAUGCUUACUUUUUUCCCAUAUUACAGGCUUAACUGUUGAAAGGAAAAUACUUUUAAUUAAUGCAAAGCCUGAUUUUUUUGGAUGUUCUGGGCUACUGAAUAGAUGAUACAGAGUUACUCUAAGUGGGUUUUUUUGGAUGGGGGCCUAAGUGUCCUUAUAUAAGCUGUGAUCCAAGUUAUGAUAACAAAGGAGCCUAUGGUGAGCAGUGAUAAUGUUCUGAUGCUUCCUUGCAUUUGAUCAGUAGCUAUCAGUUUUUAAUGUAACAGCCCUCACAGUACUCUAGGAGCGCAUAGGACAUGUUGUGAUGUUAAGUUGCUAAUUUGUUUUAAAAUAUAAAAUGUUUUAAGCUUUUUGUCAAAAGUGAUAACAUCAUAUUACAAAUAAACCUUUUUGUGGUUGUAAAAUUUAGCUUAUAAAUCAUUCAAAUUGAAGUGAAAAAAAAACACAGGUCAUUGUUAAUGACAGUCUAUCCUAUUAAGAAUAUAUGUAUUUUUGUAAAGGAAAAGCACUUGUAGAUAUGUAAUCAGUCCAAUAUCUAUCUAUGUCAAUGUUUUGAAAAAAACAAAAUGCUGCUUAGAGAAUCACAUAUUUUUAUUUUUGUGCUCAAAAGCAUUUUCUCUUGGUUUAUGGAAUGUUUAUUCUGUAUGAAGCUAUAUAGUUAGUACAGCUGGGCUAAAUGCAUUUCUUACCUGAGCUUAAUCAAGUGUAUCUGACUUUGCUAUUACAUUUCCUGGCCGAUCAGAAACCUGAUUUCAAAACAUAGAUUGGUGGUGCUGUUUUUCAUCUUUGAUAUUAGCUUCAUCCUGCCUUAUAACAUUUCUACUUCAUAGUACUUGCCAUAAAAAAUACUAGUAAUUUUUUUGUGAAGUUUGUACUUUAAUGGAUGUUCUAAAGUAUGUUUAGUUACUCAUUUUCAUCUCAGCAUAUCUAUAAAAUUUUUAUAAAAUGUUGGCAAAGUUUUAUUUAGACUAUUUAAAAAACCAAGUCCCCCCAGACAAAAAGUUAUGCCAGAUUAGUCAAGUUUAGUACUCCCAAAUAACCUACUGCUGGGCACGUGCAUGGAAUAUGAUUGCCUUACUAAAGUUUUCGUUAAAUGAGCAUUUGUACAAAGAGUUUCUUUAAUUCUGAAUAACUCAUUUCUUGUAAUAUUUUGAGGCUAUUUGAAUGUCAUCCUUCCUGUAAUUUGACUCAACACAAUGAAUUAACAUGUUUUUGAAAAAAACAGUAAAACAGAAUUAUGUUGAUGUACUAGCAAAGUGUGAUGGCCAAAUUUGUUUCUAGUUGCUCAUGUAUAAUACUCUUUACUUCAGUGAGAUUCUAGGGGGCUCUAUUGAGAGGGCCUAAUGCUAAGUUAAUGUUAAAUUCAGACUGAUCUCAGUGAAGUUAAUUUGCUUAAUUAUCCGUAUAAGUAAGACUUGAAAUGAGCUAGAGUUCCCACUUCGUCGCCGAGUUUCAUUUCAUAUGUGACUUUUUCAAUCUCUUACUGUUAUUUAAAUUUAACCUUAUUGUAAUAAUCUUACAUAUUUUGAAACCUUUGAAUGUCUAUACUAGCAGUAGAUUCAGUGUUAUAAGGUCAGCUGAGAAAAUACUUGCAUAACUGUCAGAUAGAGAAUUUCACUCAGACUAUGAAUCCUUGUAAUGCCACCAUCUCAUUAAUAUGCAUGCUUUUCAAAGAUCUUUAAGUGAUCAAUUUUUAAUAUGUUUAAUUAUUUGAAUAUUGUACAUUCUUAAAAUGUUUUCUUAGAGGUAAUUUAUUUAUGAAUUCAUUGGGAGCUUAACAUCUUGGGGUCCACAAAGUAGCAUUUAAAAACUUAAAUCCAUUUGAGCUGUAACUACAACAUACAGAUUUGUAUUUUUUUAAAGAACCAAAUAUGAUCUGUUUUGAAGUGUUUGAACAAGCACUGUAAAUUCCACCUAGUUCUGCUAAAGGAUUAUAUUUUUCCAUCUUUGUUAAAAUUCUUAAAAGUUGAGUGUGGCCCUGGAAAAAAUGAAACCUGUGACUGAGUUAGCACUAGUGAGCAGUUCUACAGUUAGGUCAGUGAAGUGCCGGUAUUAGUUUUCAUUUUGGCAAAACCCCUUGAUACUGCAUUUUGGUGCAAAUUGAAGUGAGCCUGUUUGAAGUUGCAUCUGUAUCUGUAAACAAGAUUUAUUUUAGAACACUAGCUUGUGUGAACCCUGUAAAUGGACCUUCUAAUAUCUUGUGUACUAAAUAUGUUUGAUAUGUAAUGAUAUUUCUAAUUAUUUAACAAUCUCUGUGGUUCAGUAACAGUGAUGUUAAAUUGAGUGCUUCAUACUAAUGUCAAGAAUGUUCACAGCACCUUUAUAACUGCUGAUAAGAAGUUACAGUUUGUUAUGAUCCAUAUGCUACAAGAUGCCUCUAGCCCAGUUGGAUUAAUCCUAUGAAUCUAGAUGAGCAAGAAGUAUAACUAAUCUGCUUACUAGCACUGAAAUGCUCCUUUCUCAAAGCAAUAAAUAUAUUCAUGUUGUAACAUCUGUUGUGCAGCCUACAAUACAAGUUGUUUUGUUGCAUUGUUUCUAUAUAAUUUAUUUUGUGCAAUAAAAAUAUCUCUGGUUU